GGGCGGGCGGAGCGGCCGUUGCCGCAGUGACAGUGCUGGGGGAGUCCGAAGAUGGCGGCGUCGCGUCGCUCUCAGCAUCAUCACCACCAUCAUCAACAACAGCUCCAGCCCGCCCCAGGGGCUUCGGCGCCGCCGCCACCACCUCCCCCACCACUCAGCCCCGGCCUGGCCCCCGGGACCACCCCAGCCUCCCCCACAGCGGGUGGCCUGGCCCCCUUUACCUCCCCGCGGCACGGCCUGGCGCUGCCGGAGGGGGAUGGCAGUCGGGAUCCGCCCGAUAGGCCCCGAUCCCCGGACCCGGUUGACAGUGCCAGCUGUUGCAAUACCACCAGCACAAUCUGUACCGUCGCCGCCGCUCCCGUAGCCCCGGCGGCCUCUCCAUCAGCUGUCGGGGUCCCUCCCAACCCAGCCGGUGGUGGCAAUAACAAUUCACCGUCGUCCUCUUCUUCCCCGACUUCUUCCUCAUCUUCUUCUCCGUCCUCCCCUGGAUCGAGCUUGGCGGAGAGCCCCGAGGCAGCCGGAGUUAGCACCACAGCAACAGUGGGGCCUGGGGCACCGGGACCUGGGCCGGGGGUCCCAGCAGUGAGCGGGGCCCUACGGGAACUGUUGGAGGCCUGUCGCAAUGGGGACGUGUCCCGGGUAAAGAGGCUGGUGGACGCAGCAAACGUGAAUGCUAAGGACAUGGCUGGCCGGAAAUCUUCCCCCCUGCACUUCGCUGCAGGUUUUGGAAGGAAGGAUGUCGUAGAACAUUUACUGCAGAUGGGCGCUAACGUGCAUGCCCGUGAUGACGGAGGUCUCAUCCCACUUCAUAACGCCUGCUCCUUCGGCCAUGCUGAGGUUGUGAGUCUGUUACUGUGCCAAGGAGCCGAUCCAAAUGCCAGGGAUAACUGGAACUACACUCCUCUGCAUGAAGCUGCUAUUAAAGGGAAAAUCGAUGUAUGUAUUGUGCUGCUGCAGCACGGAGCUGAUCCGAACAUUCGGAACACUGAUGGGAAGUCAGCCCUGGACCUGGCGGACCCUUCCGCAAAGGCUGUGCUCACAGGUGAAUACAAGAAAGACGAACUCCUAGAAGCUGCUAGGAGUGGUAAUGAAGAAAAACUAAUGGCUUUACUGACUCCUCUAAAUGUGAAUUGCCAUGCAAGUGAUGGACGAAAGUCCACUCCUUUGCAUCUAGCAGCGGGCUACAACCGAGUUCGAAUAGUCCAGCUGCUUCUCCAGCACGGGGCUGAUGUCCAUGCGAAAGACAAAGGUGGACUUGUGCCUCUUCAUAAUGCAUGUUCAUACGGACAUUACGAAGUCACAGAACUGCUACUAAAGCAUGGAGCCUGUGUCAAUGCUAUGGAUCUCUGGCAGUUCACUCCGCUCCAUGAGGCUGCUUCCAAGAAUCGUGUGGAAGUCUGCUCUUUGUUACUCAGCCAUGGCGCUGAUCCCACUUUAGUCAAUUGCCAUGGGAAGAGCGCUGUGGACAUGGCUCCAACUCCUGAGCUCCGGGAGAGAUUGACUUAUGAAUUUAAAGGCCAUUCCUUACUGCAAGCAGCCAGAGAAGCAGACCUAGCCAAAGUUAAAAAAACACUUGCCUUGGAAAUCAUUAAUUUCAAACAACCGCAGUCUCAUGAAACCGCAUUGCACUGUGCUGUGGCCUCCCUGCAUCCCAAGCGAAAACAAGUGACCGAAUUGUUACUUAGAAAAGGAGCAAAUGUCAAUGAGAAAAAUAAAGACUUCAUGACCCCGCUGCACGUGGCCGCAGAGAGAGCCCACAACGACGUCAUGGAGGUCCUUCACAAGCACGGGGCCAAGAUGAACGCACUGGACACCCUUGGGCAGACUGCUCUGCACCGAGCUGCCCUCGCUGGCCACCUGCAGACCUGCCGCCUCCUGCUGAGUUACGGCUCCGACCCAUCCAUCAUCUCCUUACAGGGCUUCACCGCAGCGCAGAUGGGAAAUGAAGCCGUGCAGCAGAUUCUGAGCGAAAGCACACCUAUGCGUACUUCUGAUGUUGACUAUCGACUCCUAGAGGCAUCUAAAGCUGGAGACUUGGAAACUGUGAAGCAACUUUGCAGCCCUCAAAAUGUGAAUUGCAGAGACCUAGAAGGCCGGCAUUCUACGCCCUUGCACUUCGCAGCCGGCUACAACCGUGUGUCCGUCGUGGAGUACCUUCUGCACCACGGUGCCGAUGUCCAUGCCAAAGACAAAGGUGGCUUGGUGCCCCUCCAUAACGCUUGUUCCUACGGACACUAUGAGGUGGCGGAGCUCCUGGUGCGGCACGGGGCGUCCGUCAACGUGGCAGACUUGUGGAAAUUCACCCCCCUUCAUGAGGCAGCCGCCAAAGGGAAGUACGAAAUCUGCAAGCUCCUCUUAAAACAUGGAGCAGAUCCAACUAAAAAGAACAGAGAUGGAAAUACACCUUUAGAUUUGGUUAAAGAAGGAGACACCGACAUUCAGGACUUACUGAGAGGAGAUGCUGCCUUGUUGGACGCUGCCAAGAAGGGCUGCCUGGCAAGAGUGCAGAAGCUCUGUACCCCAGAGAAUAUCAACUGCAGGGACACCCAGGGCAGAAACUCAACCCCCCUGCACCUGGCAGCUGGCUACAACAACCUGGAAGUCGCUGAAUACCUUCUAGAGCACGGAGCCGAUGUUAAUGCACAAGAUAAAGGCGGCUUAAUUCCUCUUCAUAACGCAGCGUCCUAUGGGCACGUGGACAUAGCAGCACUGUUGAUAAAAUACAACACGUGUGUAAAUGCAACAGAUAAGUGGGCUUUUACACCUCUUCACGAAGCAGCCCAAAAAGGGAGGACCCAGUUGUGUGCCCUCCUCCUGGCACACGGAGCAGACCCCACCAUGAAGAACCAAGAAGGUCAGACACCUUUAGAUCUGGCAACAGCCGACGACAUCAGAGCCUUGCUGAUAGACGCCAUGCCCCCCGAGGCCUUGCCUACCUGCUUUAAACCUCAGGCCACCGUAGUGAGUGCCUCCCUCAUCUCACCAGCGUCCACCCCCUCCUGCCUGUCGGCCGCCAGCAGCAUAGACAACCUCACCGUCCCAUUGGCGGAGCUGGCAGUGGGAGGGCCGUCCAACGCAGGGGAUGGCGCCGCAGGCACCGAAAGGAAGGAAGGAGAGGUUGCGGGUCUGGACAUGAAUAUCAGUCAGUUUCUAAAAAGCCUUGGCCUUGAACAUCUUCGAGACAUCUUUGAGACAGAACAGAUUACGCUAGAUGUGCUGGCUGAUAUGGGUCAUGAGGAGUUGAAGGAAAUAGGCAUCAAUGCAUACGGACACCGCCAUAAGCUAAUCAAAGGAGUAGAAAGACUCUUAGGUGGACAACAAGGAACCAACCCUUAUUUGACUUUCCACUGUGUUAACCAGGGAACUAUUUUGCUGGAUCUUGCUCCAGAGGAUAAGGAGUAUCAGUCAGUAGAAGAAGAGAUGCAAAGCACAAUUCGAGAACACCGAGAUGGCGGUAAUGCUGGAGGUAUCUUCAACAGAUACAACGUCAUCCGAAUUCAAAAAGUUGUCAACAAGAAGUUGAGGGAACGAUUCUGUCACAGACAGAAGGAAGUGUCGGAAGAGAACCACAACCAUCACAACGAGCGCAUGUUGUUCCACGGUUCUCCUUUCAUUAAUGCUAUUAUUCAUAAAGGGUUUGAUGAACGGCAUGCAUACAUAGGAGGAAUGUUUGGUGCUGGGAUUUAUUUUGCAGAAAACUCCUCUAAAAGCAACCAGUACGUUUAUGGGAUCGGAGGAGGAACAGGCUGCCCCACACACAAAGAUCGGUCGUGUUAUAUAUGUCACAGACAAAUGCUUUUCUGUAGAGUGACCCUCGGAAAAUCCUUUCUGCAAUUCAGCACCAUGAAAAUGGCUCACGCCCCCCCGGGGCAUCACUCGGUUAUUGGGAGGCCGAGUGUGAAUGGACUGGCAUAUGCGGAGUACGUCAUCUACAGAGGAGAACAGGCCUACCCGGAGUAUCUCAUCACUUACCAGAUCAUGAAGCCGGAGGCUCCUUCACAGACUGCAACGGCCGCAGAGCAGAAGACCUAGUGAAUGCCCCCCGGUGCAGGCCAGAUCGGAUUCCAACCUGGGACUGGAGUGUAACGGAUCGUUUCCAACAAAGCUGAUAUUCUCUAAAUCCCCGACAGCCUAGAACAAGCUGUCUGUCUUACGAAGCAUUGCUCUAGUGAUGACUGUAGUAUGAGUAACUGAUACAUACUCAACUGCUGCUGUUCCCUUUGAGGAAAUGUUUACAGGGGCGGCCUUUUAAUAUAUCUCAGGCUCACUUCCAUUGCAAUUAUCCGUUUCUAAAGUAAGACUGCUUUGAUCUAAACUUGGAAAUGGAGAGAAAGAAAACAUAACCAAUACUUUUCCAAAUGUUCACCAUUCACACACUACAUUUGCUUUGCUUUGUUAUAUAUGGCACAUGUAUAUAACAAGUACGCAUACCCAGGGCCAUUUUCGGUUUUUCCUAAACAUGCGUCAUCGGCUUUUUUGUUGUUGUUCUUCUUUGAUGAUGAGCCAGAGAGCCUUCUCAAGGACACUUUGCACAAAGUCACACAGACUAAAAUCAGUAGCAACGCAACCCAGGCUUCUGGCUGAGCAAGACUAGUUUCCACCCUUUUUCCACUUUGAUUUAUUUCAUAUCUGUACUUCUUAUAAACAUAAAUUGAGAUGGAAAGAAAAACCAUCAAGUUUCCGUCCUUUUAUUAACUGGCCAGUCUGACAAGGGAAAGGCACAAACAUCAGCCUGACUUAGGAACUCCCAAGCUCAGAGAAGGCAGAGGCUCUUGCUCUCUCCCUCCUGCAGCCAGGAGUGUGGGAGCCCCAGGAGCCAGGGGGGGAGGUUUGGGCGGUGCUGCGGUCAGCCUCAGAGGCCAGACUGCGCGGGAGGGCUGGGAAGGAGAAGCCAAGGAGCACGUGCGCAGAGCAGGCGGGUCUGGAUGUUGCGGCAGGAAGGCCUGUGGGGACUCCUCGGGCACCUUCUCUCGCAAAUGUGCUCCCCCAGAGUGUCGCCCCCCAGAUUAGCUGCCUUAUUUCCAAAUUCAGUCAAACUGUUGUACUUCAUUGGAGUCACACAAAUUUUACUUUAUUGUUUCUAUGGCUUAGAAAGCUAGGAUUUGAAUCCUGUUCAGUAGAUAGAUGGGCACAAAUACAAGGACUUUUUGUUUAUUCCAGAUUCGGGGGUCAUUUUGAGUGAGGUGCUUCCAAUAGUUUAUGUAGGUCCCUGCACUGAAUUUUUGAUCCAUUUUUUCAAACAGCUUAAUAGACAAGGAGAACAAAAACUUGAAACCAAAGCUCUUUCAGUUACUUUUUUAAACCUUACUGUUACUUCAUGAAAUCACCACUUUGUUUUGCUUGUUUUAAUCACCAUUGCCAAGUGCACAUCGAUACUUGUGACGCGUUAUCCGUUGCAGCUCUUCCACCCUCCCUUUUCCCUGAAUGUCGAAUCGGGCGCAUCCAUUCACUCUGACGUGCUGCGUGCCUACUCAGCUUGGAGGCAGAAGAAGUAUGUGGUGUCAAGAAACCAGUGUGGCGCAAACCUGGCGUUUCGCCUUAAAGUCCUGAAAACAGGUUGUUUGUUUUUUAAUACAGGCUGGUCAAGCGAUGACCUUAUUUAGUCGCCUAAAUAAAAAUAAAGUAGUUACAUGCAAAACUCUAUAAUAGGCUCUUAAAAUGACACAUCUUGCUUUCUCUCUGGCUCGAGUCCAUUGCUAGAACUAGGCAUUGGGAACUAGAGUGAGUUUCAUAGCUGAGUCUUGCAUGGGUCCUCAGAAUUCAGUCGAGAAUUAGCCUCAGUGUUUGCUUCCGUUGAAGUGUCCGUGGCCCACGCUGGUGUUUGUGUCUUGGCCGCUUGUUCACUAGCACUAGAAUUCCACAUGAAGCUUCGAAGUUGGAUAGUCAUUGCGAGGGCUUUCCCCCCCUUUCUUCCUUUUCUGUUGAGCUGUAACACUGGGUUGAAGGCACUGGCAUUCUGUGUAGUUUUCGGUCGCUGUGAAAGUGUGUAUUACAUGCCUCCUCACUUAGAUAUAGUUCAAGAUGGUAAAUAACCAUGGCUGUGAUUUUUAGUUAAGAAAGAGUUAAUGUAGUGUAGGUACCAAAAGCCACUCCCCACCUGUGGCCGUGUGUCACUGCCGUCAUGCUAACUGGAGUAAUGUGUGUGCCGGUUGUGAACUUCAGCCUCACACUUGAAAAGUGAAACCAUGCUUCAGUAUGUACACUGCCCGUGUUGUGUGCCAUGCGUUCCGUGUGCCGAGUAAGGUACUGUGUAAGGGAGACACCCGCGGUGCUGCUUGUCCUUUAGUAAUUCAAGCAUAUAACAGUUCUUGGGAGAAUGUGUACGUGUUACUCAUCUGCUAAGGAGAGUGGGUUAAUUGAUAUCUCAUAGGAGCCAGAUACAUUUUUUCACCCAAAACUUGAAAACCAAAGGUCAUCCUGAGUGCACUCAAAUGAGCAAAAGUUGACUACGUUUGGAAUUUGCAUCUACAGCAAUUCGAAAAACCCUCUGGCAUGUGAAAGCAUGGCACUGAAUUGGGCUGAAAUCCACAUAAGUUCUCGCAUUUGCACUAUACGGAAACACGAGCAAGCCGAGGACUUCCAGCGUGGCCUGCCGGGGCUGGGCCCUCUGUUCCCCACGCGGAGUGGUAGAGUCUGGCCACAGCCGCCAGCCUCCCGCAGUACUGAGACCACAGGGCUCUGGGCAGGGUGGGCCCAGUUUGCUAGGUGCUGCUAGAGUCAGGCGUAAGUUAAGUGCCCUGGACUGGACACCUCCUUCCCUUUUCCGCAGGUUGCUAGUGUGGGAUUAUAAAUAGCUCCGACAUUUACCUUUGACCCCCUCGUUUUCCUGCUUUCUUCACUUUGAGUCUUGCAAAAGGAGACCCUCCCUCCAAUUCUGUAUCACAGCCAGAACCAGGCAUUCGGCCCCCAGUGCUCUGCCCGGAAGAUUCUGGCGCGCCGUUAACCAGCGACAGCACGGGACCAGAGUUGUACCUCUGAGGAAAAUAACAGCAGCACGGCGGGGCUUUUAUUUACCUUUUUUUGUGUGUGUGUGGAAUUUGGGAUUUCUAGCUUUUCAAUCAAAUAAGUAGAAUAAACAAUACUAGAAUGUUUUCAGGAAAUAGCACCCUUUUGCUCCUCUGAGCCCAUGGUAGUGGUUAAACUAAUUUCCCUCUGCUCUAAAGUAGCAGAGUGCAUUGAGUUACAUACAGCAAUGCCUGAACAUGGCAAAUAAAGUCGUAUGGAUUAAUGUUCCGUAACCAUAACCUCUAUACAAAAAAUGGGUGUGCCCCGGAAGGAGAGCGUUAGACCGCACUGAGCGGGCCCGGUUCUUCUCUCUCGUUACUUUGUCUCCCAGUUGUGCGGUGUCCGUCGGAUGCUGCUCGCCGUCUUUUUAAGUAGCUGUGCUCUCUGGCCUGCGCGCACGGUCUUUGAAACAGCAGCAGCGUGGGUCGGAAGCGCCUUCCCCCCGUGUGCCCUCCCCCGUGUGUAUGAUAAUCAGCGAUAAAUGGCCUUCUCACCGAAAGUGCUCGAGCUGUGACACAUGUCCUUUGGGCUGUUAUCUUGCAGAGUGAAAAAGGUUUUAGUCAUUCAGGGAACACUAAGAACUGACAUUAAUACAGAGUUUCAUGUGUUAGAAACUCAUUUCAAGACUAAAACUAAACUUGUUUGAUGUCAAAUCAGCGACAGGAAUGAACAAAGUCAUUGUGAAGAUAACGUUUCAGCUCCACUUGGACUCAUCUAGCGUAUGACGAGGAAAUGCAUUUUUUUAAAUGACCCUUAAAGAUGAGGCUUCUUCAGAUACUUUGUGGAUUCUGACAUUGAUAGAAAAUUAAAUAUUCUUCAGAAAGCCUUAACUAUGGCAGAAACUUUUUAACCUUUUAUAUCCUAAUAAGUUGUCAUUCCGUUUCUUAGUGUUUGAAAGGUGUGUCAGCGAGCCAGGUACAGCUUCGUGUGCAUCACACCAGGCGUGCUUUUUUGAUGAGGGUGCACUUCUCAAGUCACGCUCUCUCACCUGCAGAGGAGCAGAUAGGAUCAGCCCACGACGCUCUGUCUGUCUGAAAUUCCCCAGCCACCAGAUCAUCUGGUUUGGAGGAGAAAUGCCAGACAGAAUUUUAAAACCUGUUAAGUUUUGUGUAUGUGGGGAGGCAGCAACAAUUCACAAAGUGAUACCCUGUAUCAUCCGAGUGUUGCACAAGCUGUUUUUUAAUCAUUUUAAAACAUAGACCGUGGUGAUCCGGGAAGAGCUCCAAGAGGCGCCAGGGCUCCGACGUCUGCCCGAGGGCUCUGUCAUCUGCCUGAAGGCUCCGUCGUCUGCCCAGGGCUCUGCCUCUAAGGAAACAACAUUCGCACUGUCGGGAUGCUUACAUUUGGCUCCUCAUCCUUUCAGGCUUCCUUUUCCGCUUCACACUCUCCCAUCUCCACACCCACCCCGCCACCCAUCUUUUCAAACAGAUUUCUCCUUCUCCAGAAUUCAGAUUGUUCUGUCAGUUUUCAUCUCUGUGCCCAUUUCUGCAGACCCCUGAAAGUGUUUGCGGGGAAAUGCAGUUAAACUGAAGGUGGGGUGUCCCGUACUCACUCCUGCGGCCCUCCCAAGGUUCGGGAUUCAAAGCUAGAAAACACAACAGUGAAAAUCAGAAAGCAACCCAGAUCUUCGAGGCCGGUAGCCUAGACCUGGAAGAUGAAGACCCUGACUAUAGAACCCUUGUAUCCAUGGCACACAGUGCUUCAACUCGUCACGUGCAUAUAUAAUGCCUGCUACUGCUUCCAUUGUGUCGAGUUCAUCCUGUCUUUGUGAUAGUAGUGUUUGUCUUUGAUACCUACACACUAAAAAGGUACUUUUAUCAGCAAGGUUUCUCAGCAUUGACAGAACCAGCGUGGAGGAAACCGCGAUGGUUUCCCGGCCCCGGCGUUUGGCGUAGUCCUUGUACUUUCUCAUUGUGUUGUCGGUCUGUGUAGUAACCAGUGUGGUGGACUCUGGUUCAUUCUUGGUGGUGUGGUGUUUGUUUUUCUUUAAUUUUUAGUCUCUGUGUGACCCACCAGUGGCAGGGGGUUUCAGUCCCCUCCUGUUUCUUUUCUGCAUUUGUCUAUUUGUAGGAUUGCCAGAUAGAAUCCACAACAGCCAGUUAAAUUCGACCGUUAGGUAACUAAUUUUUUAGCUUAACCAUGUUUCAUGCAUUACCUGCCAUAUAUUUACAAUAAAAAAAAAUUCUUAUUUAUUUGAACUUCAAAUUUGAGCAGCCUGGGUUGUUUGUUUUUGUUUUGUUUUGCUUCAUUUUAUUUUAUUAAGUCUGGCAACCCUAUCGAUUUGGUCAUGGGAAAUCGCUGACAGCAUGCAAAUCCUUUGCGUCUUCAUGAUCUUCCAUGUGGAGUGGAAGACCAGUUCUCCGUCACCCUCGUGUUCCGAGAGAGGGCACUGAGGGGCUUAACCUGCCUGCAUGGUGGGCUCCUAUUUAAGGCAUCUUUCUGAUUAUAUUUAACCUGUAAUUGUGCUUUGGCUAAAUGUCUAACUACAGUACUUGUAAUUGUUUAAUA